UCUAAGUAGACAUGAAACACACUUUUGUUCUUCCUAUGUUUGUGUUUUCCUUUCUUGCAAUGCAAUGUAGUCCUCAGCCACAUUAUGCCUGUGACAAGAAUGAUCCCAAAACUAGCACCUACGCAUUCUGCAACGUGUCUUUGUCGUUCACAGAUCGAGCCAAAGACAUAGUCUCGCGCCUAACCCUCAAAGAAAAGGCGGAGCAGUUGGUGAACACCGCUUCAGGAGUUUCCAGGCUGGGCGUCCCGGCCUACGAGUGGUGGUCCGAGGCACUUCACGGCGUUUCCAACACGGGGCCCGGUGUUACUUUCAACGAUGUAGUCCCGGGGGCCACAAGCUUCCCGUCUGUCAUCCUCUCGGGCGCCAGUUUCAAUGCUUCCUUGUGGUAUGCAUUGGGACAGGCUGUCUCAACCGAGGCUCGAGCAAUGCACAAUGUUGGCUUGGCUGGUUUGACAUAUUGGAGCCCGAAUGUGAAUGUGUUUCGUGAUCCUAGGUGGGGGAGAGGCCAAGAAACUGCAGGCGAGGAUCCUCUCGUGGUCGCCAAAUAUGCUGUUAACUAUGUUAAAGGCCUGCAGGAGUUCAGUCCAGACUCAAAUCCCAGCAGGGAUAAUACUCAUAAUAGACUCAAAGUUUCAAGCUGCUGUAAGCACUAUACUGCUUAUGAUCUUGAUAAAUGGAAUGGUUUUGAUCGGUUUCACUUCGAUGCUGAGGUAACCGCACAGGACUUGGAGGAUACUUUUCAGCCCCCAUUCAAAAGCUGUGUUGAGGAGGGCCAUGCUAGCAGUGUCAUGUGUUCAUACAAUCGCGUUAAUGGCGUUCCCACUUGUGCUGAUCCGAAUCUGCUCAAAGGAAUCAUCAGAGAUCAAUGGGGUCUAGAUGGAUAUAUUGUCUCGGAUUGUGAUUCGAUUCAAGUCUAUUAUGAAUCCAUACAUUAUACUGCUACACCUGAGGAUGCUGUUGCCCUUGCCUUAAAAGCAGGUUUGAACAUGAACUGUGGGAAUUAUCUGAAAGCCUACACAGAAAAAGCAGUCAAUUCCAGCAAGGUUGAGGAGUCUGUAGUGGAUCAGGCCUUGAUAUACAACUACAUUGUGUUGAUGAGGCUUGGAUUUUUCGACGGGGAUCCCAAAAUGCUCCCUUUUGGGAAUUUUGGUCCUUCUGAUGUCUGCACCAGUGAUCAUCAGCUCCUGGGGGUCGAGGCUGCAAAGGAAGGAAUCGUUUUGCUAGAAAACGAUGGUGUUCUCCCCUUAUCUCCGAAUAAAACCAAGAAUUUAGUCGUGAUUGGUCCCAACGCCAACGCCACAGAAGCAAUGUUGAGCAUCUAUGCCGGGAAGCCCUGUGGGUUCACAACCAUUUUGCAAGGGCUGCAGAAGAAUGUUGUUGCGGGUGUUACAUAUGAACCGGGAUGCAAGAACCCGGUGUGCCAGGAUUCGAGCCUAAUUGAAGCAGCUGCAAAGGCUGCAGCCACAGCCGAUACGGUUGUGGUUGUAGUGGGGCUUGAUCAGUCCCUAGAGCAAGAAGGGCUAGAUAGAGACAACCUUAAAUUGCCAGGCUUUCAAGAGAAACUUGUGACAGAUGUGGUUAGUGCCACUAAUAAUGCAUCUGUCAUUCUUGUUGUCAUGUCCUCUAGCCCAAUUGAUAUCACUUUCGCGAAGAACAAUAGUAGGAUUGGUGCAAUUUUAUGGGUUGGGUAUCCUGGUCAAGAUGGGGGAGAAGCCAUAGAUCAAGUCCUCUUUGGUCAUUACAAUCCAGGUGGAAGGUCUCCAUUUACCUGGUACCCACAAGAAUAUGCUGACAAAGUGGCAAUGACAGACAUGAACAUGAGGGCUAAUGCAACCAGGAACUUCCCAGGAAGAACCUACAGAUUCUACAAUGGCGAAUCGAUCUACCCUUUUGGCCAUGGACUAAGCUACACAACAUUUUCCAAGUUCAUCACCUCAGCCCCCUCCACAAUAAUCCUCAAACCCUCAACUGGCAACAAAAUCAGGGACACUGCUCUCCCCUCUCAGGCACUCAACAUCUCAUCCAUACAGUGCCAGGGCCUGGAAUUCGAAAUUGUUGUCGGGGUCAAGAACACGGGGAAAAUUGAUGGGUCCCAUGUUGUGCUGGUGUUCUGGGAGCCCAAGAGCGCGCAAGGUGUGCUGACAGGGGCGCCCAACGUGCAGCUCGUGGGGUUCGAGAGAGUGGCGACGAUGAAAGGGGUGACAGAAAGUGUGACAAUGAAGUUUGAUGUUUGCAGGGAUUUUAGCCUUGCAGAUGGUGAUGGGAAUAGGAAGGUGGUUACUGGUCUGCAUUCCAUUGUUGUUGGUGCUCCCACUGAGCGCCAAGUAAGGCACUAUUUCAAUAUCAGGCUGGCAGGGCAAGAGAUAAUGUGAAGUGUAAACACCAUCUGAUAUAAGCAUAUAACAGUUUAUGUAAUAAAAUGGAAAAAUAACUAUGAUGUGUGAUCAUAGUUGUUGCUAAAGUGCUAAUCUGGUGGCCGAAUGGGUGGAACAUGAUUCUCAUGCUAUAAAGUCAUCAGCUCGAUUCAUAUUAAUACCUUCUCAAUUCAACCCA